GCAAAAAUGAGACAGAAAAAAAAAUGGCGGACCUCAGGAAUAUCUGUCCUGAGUCUUUGCCCCGUCGCGUCAACUAUUCGCGAAAAACGUCAUUUCAGGGGAAGCUUUUCAUCUUUCUCUGCGUGCUUAUAGUGGAUUCCGGCGGAGCUACGACCCACUGGGUUGUCACAGAGGAUGGAAAAAUCCAACAACAAGUUGACUCACCUUUGAAUCUGAAGCAUCCACAUGAUGUUGUGAUUUUCAUGAGGCAAGAGACUCGUGUUAACUACCUCAAGACGCUGGAGAAGCAGCUGGUGGCGCAGAAGAUCCACAUUGAGGAGAAUGAGGACCGAGACACGGGGCUGGAGCAGAGACACUACAAAGAGGAUGCAGACUGUGUCAUGGCUAAGGUUCCCCUGGGAGACCUGGACCUCUAUGAUGGCACUUAUAUAUCCCUGGAAAGCAAAGACAUCAGCCCUGAAGACUAUGUCGAUUCCCGGUCAGCUCUGCCCCCGGAUCUAGAAAAGCCUGACUGUGCAAAAGUGUUUGAACUACCUUAUAGUAUCCAUGCUUUCCAGCAUCUCAGGGGUGUGCAGGAGAGGGCGAACUUGACCUCCCCACUGCUCUCUAAGGAGGAUCCCAUUUUUAAUUCACUGUCUGAUAAGCUGGGCCGCAGUGUUGAAGAGGUGGGCCAUCGCGUCCAUCAAGAGUUACUGAGGAAUUCAUCAUCCUGGGUGCUGUACAACAUAGCGUCGUUUUACUGGCGCUUGAAGAACGAGCCUCAGAGGGCGGUGGACUGCGUGGUGCAUGCUCUGCAUUUCUCCCCGAGGGAGCACAAGGAUAUAGCCCUGGUCAACAUGGCCAACAUCCUGCACCGCGCCCAUUUCUCGGCAGAUGCUGCUAUUCUUGCCCACGCUGCCUUGGACCUUACGUCAGAUAUGUUUACCGGCCACUACACCUUGGGCAACAUUUAUGCUAUGCUCGGGGAAUACAACCACUCGGUGCUGUGCUACGAGCAGGCGCUGCAGGCCCAGCCCGGGUUCGAGCAGGCCCUGAGGAGGAAACACUCUGUGCUGUGUCAGCAAAAGCUGGAGCAGCGCCUGGAAGCCCAGCACAGAUCCCUGCAGCGGACACUGAACGAACUGAAGGAGUACCAGAAGCAGCAUGACCACUACCUUCGCCAGCAGGAGGCGCUGGACAAACACAAGCUGCUGCAGGAAGAGCAGAUCCUGCGCAACAUUAUCCACGAGACCCAGAUGGCCAAGGAAGCCCAGCUCGGGAACCAUCAGAUGUGUCGGCUGGGUCAGCAGCAGCGCAGCCUCUACUGCCCCUUCGACCUGCCUGUGCGCUACCACCGAGGCGAUCUGUUCGAGCAUGUCCACUAUGUCCAGUUUGGGGAGGAUGUGUCGGUGGCGUCCAGCGUGGCGCUCGUAUCGGAGCGCAACUCGAACCAGACUGCAGCCACCCCCCAGCUGCACCCCUCUGUGUCCGGAGACCAGGACCCUGCUGCUGCUCUCUGGGGCCGCCAGCAGGAUUACACACAGGACACGCAGAAGAGGUUGUGGCCUCAGAGGACCGACUGUGCCCACGAGUACCCGAGUGUUCCCCCUGCUCACCUGCUGCCAACCUACUACCUGCCCCCUGAGACACAGGGCCUCGGCCCAGUGGCGCUUCUCCUCUACGGGAGCAGCAGUCCUCUGACGGCAGCUCUGCCAGACUGUGGUCCCGUCCCCCAACCAUAUCCAGCCCUCCUGCCCGCCUCACUGGACUGGCCUCUGGAAGAAAAGACGCUUCCAGAUCCCUCUGCCUCCCAGGUACUGCAGAUACGUAGUGGAGGAUGGACGCUGGAGCAGAUCGGCUCCAGAAUAGCUCAAGCUAUGAAACAAGCCGCCGUGCCCCGCUGGCUGCUCCACAAUGAGGCGGCUCUAUUCUGGCGGGCCAAAGGCAAUGCCAGCCGUGCCCUGCAGUGCCUGCGCCAAGUGUUGCGCUCAGCCGCACCCCCCCACCGCCACUUGUCCCUCACCAACGCCGCUAACCUGCUGCUGCACCACGGCUUGACCACCCACGCGCAAACACUGCUGGAGCAAGCGUUGGCUGUCAAUGCAUCGGAGCCCCACUCCCUGCUCAGCAUGGUGAGCGUGCAGUUGGCUAAGGGCAACGUCACAGGUGCUCUGGCUUUGUUCCGCCAGAUCCUGGUGAUGGCCCUCUCCUCCUCCUCCUCCUUCUCCUCCUUUGCUGGCUGUGAGCAGUGUCGCAGCAGCCUCCCUCUGCUGCGCUGUCUGCAGUUCUACCCCUUCCUCUACAACCUGUCCCAGCGACAGCCCUGCUCACAGGGCGCUGCCUGCAGGGCUGAGAAGGACCUCGGGAUACAGCUGGAGGAAUGGGACGCCAGCGAAGACAAGCAGGACGCACCGGCCAUUUCUGCCAUGGAGGACUCCCUGCUCUUUGAGAAGGUUAUCUUGGACACCAACGGGUCAGGUGAAGCAGCUGGACAGCAGCGGGCUUCUCCCUCGGCCUCCGGAGCAGCUCAGAUGCCCACGCCAUUUGGCGGCGGAGGAGGAGGAGGAGCAGAAGGGGAGGAGGAGUGGCAGCUGAAGGAGGACCUGAUGGGGGCUUUUGAGGGAGCGCUGGAUGUCGGGGGCAAGCGCGGGGACCUGCGGGGUAUCCGGGUGCUAAAGAACGACCGCGUCAUGGGCGCCCGUGCCGGUGGCGGGCCCUGCUUCGGAAACUGUGAGGACGACGAGGGAGCCGAGUGGAUCACCUUCCAGGUGAAGCGGGUGAGGAAGGCUAAGGUGGACGGGACGGAGAGCGUUGCGAUCAGUGAUGACGGCCAGAGCGGGGAGUCGCUGCCUGGAGGACACUCUGUGUUGGAGAUAAGCGGGCCGACUAUCCCAUCGCCUGGCCCUGCAGGUCGCUGGAGGGACUACACAAGUCUUGGCUGGCCGGGGCCGGAGGAGUGCCAGCGGACACGAAGGGUAGACCUCACCACUGUAGCGAGCACCUGGUUGGCUGUUUCCGCCAAGAACAUUGACAUCACAGAGCACAUAGACUUUGCCACUCCUCUCCAGGAGCCAGCUGCCGAACCUUUAUGCAACGCCAACCUAGCUGCCAGUAUGCACACCCUCGACCACCUGGCCGGGGUGGCCAAUCGGGCCGCCAUCCACUACACUGGAGAGAGCCAGCUGCGUGAGGUCCUGCAGAACCUCGGCAAAGAUAAGUUCUCUCCUCAGUCCUUUGAGCAGGUGGGAACGCGCAUCGCUAAAGUCCUGGAGAAGAAUCAAACAUCAUGGGUGUUAUCCAGCAUGGCUGCACUGUACUGGAGGGUGAAAGGUCAAGGCAAGAGAGCCAUCGACUGCCUGCGACAGGCCCUCAACUACGCCCCCCAUCACAUGAAGGACGUGCCCCUCAUCAGCCUGGCCAACAUCUUCCAGAACGCUCGUCUGUGGGAGGACGCUCUCACAGUCGCCCGCAUGGCGGUAGAAAUCGCCCCGCACUUCGUCGUGAACCACUUUACCCUCGCCAACGUCUACAUCGCAAUGGAGGAGUUUGAGAAAGCCAUGCGCUGGUACGAGUCCACGUUGAAGCUGCAGCCCGAGUUCGCCCCCGCCAAAGAUCGACUAAGAACCAUUCAGUGUUACCUGCUCACCAAGAAGGAACGCCGUCAGCCCUAAAUCACCGAGCCAGGAACACCCCACCGUCAUGCACACACA